AAACAGCGCCCCCUCCUGGCUGCCAUGCUGCAGUAUGUAACAGUUACAACACCGCCUUGCCUCACCACGCCGCUGUUCAGAGCUGCUAAUGAAACGUGUUUGACAACCAAGACAUAUAUAAGUGGAAAGUGACCAAGAAUGAAUAAGAUACAAGAAACAGGUCAAAGUGAAAAGAGGGAAGAGGUGACAGAACUGGUUUGUCAGGAGACUGAUCUUCAAGAUGGACAAAUGAAAGAAGUAAAGGUGCAGGAUCAAGAGGUGUUGUUGGUGCGUGUCCACGGUCAGUACAGUGCUGUUGGAAGCAAGUGCUCUCAUUACAAUGCUCCUCUGAUUAAAGGAGCACUAGUUGGUGAGAGAGUGAGAUGUCCUUUACAUGGCGCCUGCUUCAAUGUGCGAACUGGAGAUAUUGAAGAAUACCCAGGCCUGGACUGUCUACCCACGUAUAAGGUAAAGAUUGAAGAUGGCAAGGUGUAUGUUUCCAUCAACAAAAUGACUCUGACGGUGACUAAGCGGGUGAAAGAGAUGUGCACCGUUAAACCAGACAUCAAACAUACUGUUUUGCUUAUCGGAGGAGGUCCUGCUUCUCUGGUUUGUGCCGAGACUCUUCGCCAAAAUUGCUACCAGGGUCGCAUUAUCAUCAUAACCAAAGACAGCCUGCCUCCCUUUGACAAAACCAAGCUGAGCAAGGCUAUGAAUGUAGACAGCAGCAGCAUCCUCCUCCGCACAAGUGACUUCUAUCAACAGUAUGGAAUAGAAGUGUGGACACAGAAAGAGGUGGUGUCUGUUAACCCAAAUGACAAGGUGGUAAAGAUGAAUGAUGGCACUUUGCAGCAUUAUGACCAGUUACUUAUCUCAACAGGCUGCAGAGCGCGCCCAAUGAGCUGUCCUGGUUCAGAGUUGAAAGGAGUGCAGCUGCUGCAGAGUUAUGAAGAUGCCAAAGAGAUUCAUGAAUCCUGCUUGGGCCGGAAAGUUGUUGUAACCGGAGCAUCCUUCAUAGGUAUGGAGGUGGCAUCAUACCUGUCGGACAAAGCUGCCAGUGUGACUCUGGUUGGGACUUCCAGAUACCCGUAUGAGAUGUCUCUGGGGGAAGAGAUUGGAAAGAUGUGUAUGCAAAUGUUGGAAGAAAAAAAUGUGAAGUUCUACAUGAGCAAUGAAGUGACGGAGAUCAGAGGGGAAUCUGGCAAGGUGAAAGAGGUGGUGUUGAAGAGUGGUGCAGUACUGGAGGCUGAUGUGGUGAUUGCUGGAAUUGGUGUAAUCCCUAAUACGAGUUUCUUAGCUGGAAGUGAGGUAGCAGUGGAUUCAAGGAAAGCUGUGAUUGUUAACAAGUUCUUGAGAACAAAUGUACCUGACAUUUUCAGCGCUGGUGAUGUGACGUCCUUCCCUCUGAGCAUUCGUGGUGACCAGCAGGUUCACAUCGGUCACUGGCAAAUGUCACAGGCUCAUGGGAGAAUUGCAGCUCUAAAUAUGCUGAACAGACCGACCAUGAUCGACUCGAUUCCCUUCUUCUGGUCUGUGCUCCUCGGGAAGAGCAUCAGAUACGCAGGCUAUGGGGAAGGAUAUACAGAGAUCGUAUUUAAAGGCAAAGUGGAAGACAGGAAGUUCCUGGCGUUCUACAUAAAGGAUGAGGUGGUGGUAGCUGCAGCCAGCCUGAUGUUCGAUCCUUUUGUGGCGCAGGUUGCAGAGCUGAUGGCUCGGGGCAAGAUCUUAACAAAGGCACAGGCUCAAGCUGACGACCUGAACUGGCUGCAGAUGUAACCAGAUGUUUCCAGAAGUGCUAUGGCUCAGAGAUGCAGGGUGUCGUCUCUGUUUAUUGUUUUCUCGCGUGUUAACAAACUGGAUUACUCCAUUUACUGCCUCAGGCCUCCAGAAACCCAAUCAGAUGUCCUGUCUGCUUUCCCAGUUACCAUAGUAGCUUGAACGGCUUUAUUGAAUUACAUCUUUGUGUACUCUGGAAAAUCAAUUUUGUUUGUAAUGAGUAUUUACAGUCUGUGUUUAUUUCAGGUUUAAACUCUUAGUGUAAUGUAAGUGAGAUUCCUCAAGGGGUCACUGUCAAAUACAGUCAACCCGAAACAUUUUUCUUACAUCUUAAGAAUUCAUAAAGAUUUGGUUUGGUCGUUUUUAGAGGUAUAGCCAUAGUGAAAUAAAAAGUAGGCAUAUUCUCCAGUAUGUCUGGUUUGCCAAAAGACCAAUGUCUUUGUGAUGAUCAUUACGGAGAUG